AUGGCAACGGUCAAUGAGGCGGAGGCGCCACAGCCUAGAAAGAUUGUCAUUGAUCUACCAACUGCAGACGGUGCAUCUAAAGCUACCGUCACUUUGCAAGAAAACGAAGAUGCCACCAAACCACCCUUGCUCCUCAACAUCUCCAAGAGAGCUCUCGACUCACCAGAUACAAACACAACAUUAACCGAACGUAAAACCCACGUUAUCAUUUCCGUAGGAUCUGGCGCCCGCCAGGCAGAGAACUUCUUCAACACCGUAGUCAAACCGAUUCUAACCGCCAUCCACGGCGAAGAUGGCGUAUCCAAGAUCGAAGUCCACACAACGACCUCAGCAACCAGUAUCUCCGAUUACACAAACACCAUCUUCUUUCCUGCAGCAAACAGCGGAACCCCGCUCCGCAUCAUCCUCCUCUCCGGCGACGGCGGCAUCGUCGAUCUAGUAAACGGUCUCCUCUCCCCUCCCCACGACACCGCCUACACCUCCCCCCAAGUCGUCCUCCUCCCCCUCGGCACCGCAAACGCCCUCUACCACUCCAUCAACACCAGCAACGAGCCCUCAACCUGGGGCCUCGCCGCCCUCGCAUCUUCACACUCUGCGCCACUCCCAGUCUUCACAGCAACCUUCUCCCCCGGCGCGCGCCUCCUCGUCGACGAAGCCCGCGCCGAAGAAGCGCUCCCAAAAAAUGAAAAGGGAGAAGGCGUCCUCCACGGCGCAGUCGUAGCAAGCUGGGGCAUGCACGCCGCCCUCGUCGCAGACAGCGACACAGCACACUACCGCCAAUACGGCGUCCAGCGCUUCCAAAUGGCUGCAAAAGAAGCUUUGUAUCCCUCUGACGGCGGCGCGCCUCACGCCUACAAAGCACGCAUUUCCCUUCUCCCCCUCCCCCCAUCAUCAUCAUCAUCGCCAUCACAGAAUAGUCAACAGCAAAAAGACUGGAUAGAGCUAGACACAAUAGACCACAUGUACGUCCUGGCAACCCUAGUCUCGCAUCUCGAACGCCCGUUCUGCAUCUCCCCGGCCUCGGCCCCGCUAGAUGCGAGCCUUCGCCUUGUCCAUUUCGGCCCGAAGACUGCAGAUGAGGCCAUGCGCAUCAUGGGGUUGGCGUAUCAAGGGGGCAAGCACGUCCGCGAGGAGGGGGUCAGGUAUGAAAGCAUUGAGGGAUUGCGCAUUCGCUUUGAGGGGCUGGAAGAGGAUGAACGUUGGAGAAGGAUUUGUGUGGAUGGAAAGAUUGUGAGGGUUGAGAAGGAGGGCUGGGUCGAGGUGAAGAAGGAUAAAGGGAGGCGUGCAUUGAAUGUUGUUGUAGCUGCUGCUACCUAG